AUGGACGACUGGGCUGUAGCUCUUAUACUAAUUGGAAUGAGCGUCCUGGUUGCUGCCGGACUCGUGGGACUGUGCCGGAUGUUAGGCGGCUGGACAUAUCUAUUCGCACUAGCCACUGGCAACAAGGAAGAAAGAACAAUGUUGGCGACGCACGAAGAACUCGGAUCCAAUGGCUAUUUAGCUUACCCACCCCCCACAUAUCCGACAUCGAAUUCAGUCCGACCCCCCUUCAUACCUCAGCAGAGCUUCAGCGACAGUUUGAAGGCAGUGGAGGUCAUCGGAGUGCCCAGUCAUGACGUGCCCGCCAUUCCACCACCCCCAGUCACAGAACCACGCCGAUUCUCGUUGGACAUCGCUCGGAGGUCUAGCAUCGACACUGAUCUUCCAGAUGUACUGGUUGAAGGAGGUUCAAAUGGAAAACUUCAAAGAGCCAUGUCUUGUGAUAGCGUAUGCUCUGAUACUUCUGUCGUCUUGGAUACCCUCGAAUCUCCACAUCACAUAGGAGAGCUGGAAGUUGGUUUGGAAUACUCCAG